AUGAACCUUGCAAUGAGUGGGCACAAUGUGUUUAUUGGUGGCAAACCUGGAACUGGAAAAACGUACACUGUUAAACGGGUGGUCAACAGUUUGAAAAAUAUGCGUAAUGUAAAAGUUUCGUGUACGACUGGAAUGGCUUGUUCGCUUUACGAAGAAGCGAUGACAAUUCAUUCAUUUUCUGGAAUGAAGAAUGCAAGAUUGGAUGUUGAGUCGCUUGUCACAGGAAUAAUGAGUCAAGAGUCAGGAUGUACGCAUAAAAGAUGGGUAGAAACCGAUGUGCUUAUUAUCGACGAAGUUUCACAAUUAAGUGCAAAAAACUUUGAGAUCAUCAAUAUUUUGGCUCAAAGAGUUAGAGGCGUUCAAAAACUGUUUGGAGGGUUACAACUUAUAUGUGCUGGAGAUUUUUUUCAGCUACCCCCAAUUAAAAGUGAUGUAGAUGAGGGAAAAUAUUGUUUUGAGAGUCCAUUAUGGAAGCAAGUGUUUGGCCAUUCUGUUAUGCUGGAGAAAGUCUAUCGGCAGGACCCGAAAGAGAAGCAGUUUUUAAAUCUUCUUGAUGAAUUUGCUAUGGGGGAAUGUUCUGAUGAAUCUUUGGCUUACCUGAGAAAUGAACUAUGUGACAAACAGUUGGACUCUAAAGACUUUGGCGUUGCUUUUAUCCCUCGUAUAUUCUGUACCAAUUUUGAUGCGACCUUCUUUAAUAUGAACGAACUUGAUAAACUGCCAGGAGAAAGGAAAGUUUACAAAUCAGUAGAUACGUGCAGUGAGGAAAUUCUCAAUAAAGUAACAAUAGCAGAACGGGAACUUAUCUUGAAAGUUGGGGCAAAAGUCAUGUUGUUGUAUAAUGUUGCAACUAAACUUACUAAUGGUUUAAGGGGAAUAGUUGUUAAGUUGGAGGAAGAUGGGCCAACAGUUAAUUUCUCCACGGUUGGUAUAACAUGCAAACUUGGCAAAAGUUCUUGGUUUGCAUAUAAAUCCAGUACCAGUAAUUGUGUUGUUGGACAGAGAGAGCAGUUCCCAUUAAAGUUGGCAUGGGGAAUUACAGCUCACAAAUCACAGGGACAAACCCUACCUGCUGCAUACAUUCACAGUGGUAAAGAAUUUGUAGCUGGUCAGUUGUAUGUAGCAGCAUCAAGAGUAUCUUCACAAAAAGGUGUAUCAGUAUUGGGUUUCAAUCCUACCCGUCUG